AUGCGCUCCAGGGUGCAUGAGGCCAGGUACGAAGGGUGUCAGGGAGCGGCGAGGAGGCAGGUGUCGAGUAAGCAGCAGCGGCGAUGUUGGCACGAAGUGGAUCGACAAUACCAAUGCAACGCUCCUGGAUGCUCGAAGGCCUACGGCAGGCUACACCACCUCAACACGCAUAUCAUGGCUCGUGGACAUGGCGAGAAGCGACGACAGCAAGGUGAGUUGAUUGCGCUUCUUGUGUUUUGCCCACCACGGCAGCAGCAUCGGAUGCACAAGACUGAACGAGACGUGGAAUGCCUUGGUGAUGGACCACGCAGAAUUUCGACAAACUGUGGGUGGAUCGCGAUGUAG